AUGCAUUCUUUAGCGUCUGUCAUCCUUUUGGUUAGCGCCGGUGCUCGGGCAGUGCAUGGCGCAACCGUCUUCGCUCAUUUCAUGGUACAAAAUUCAUAUAGUUAUUCGCAGACAGAAUGGGAGACAGACAUCAAAUCGGCCAAACAAAUUGGAAUCGACGGAUUUGGAUGGCAAGCUGAUCGUAUCGAUGAUGCCUUCACCGUCGCGGAAGCGCAGGGCUUCAAGAUUAUGUACUCCUUCGACAUGAACUACGCAUCUGGACAGGAUGAUUGCCCUACUGGAGUUGCGUGGAACACAUCCUACAUGGUGGAUAGAAUCUCAAAGCACGCGACAAGUGACGCAGCCUUCAAGUGGAACGGCGAUGUCCUGGUGUCCACUUUCGGAGGGGAACUCUACGGAAACGACUUUCUUGCCAGCUUGAAGAGUGCUGCAUCUUCUGCGGGCCACAGUAUAACCCUUGCGCCAGCGCUGGACAAUUACUCAAUGGCAGCACAAUCUGAUCCGCAAACCCAAGCGGCCAAGGUCAUUUCCGACUACCCUUCGGCGGACGGGUUCUUGAACUGGCAGGCCUGGCCUUUGAACGAGCACGCAAAUCUUACGACUGAUGCUGAUAUUGCUUUCAAAUCGGCCUUUUCAAGCGCUGGCAGGACAGGCCCAUACAUCACAGCGGUUUCACCCUGGCAAUUCAAAGACCUGAACGAAUGGGGUAACUGGCUUCAAUAUAGUGACACCCUUUUCGACUACCGAUGGAAGGACGCUAUCAACACGGUGAAGCCAGAUAUCAUUGAGAUUCUCACAUGGAACGACUUCCCCGAAUCCCACUACAUCCGUGAUCUCCCGCCCGCAAGCGAGACUGGCCCAGCAUCUCUGCAACUGGGCGAUGCUGGCAGCUACGUCUAUGGUAUUGAUCACUCUGCCUGGCGGGUCAUUGCACAGUACUACAUCUCUUGGUGGAAAACUGGCAGCGCGCCGGAGGUGACAGAAGACCGUGUCGUUUAUUGGUACCGCAUCCAUCCCAAAGAUGCGAUUUGUUCAGGCGGCACUGUUCCCAGCAACUCAGACUUCCCGACAGAUGCAGUCUUCGUGUGGGCAUUGAUGUCUUCUGAAGCCAACAUUUCGACCACCGUGGGCUCGAACGUUAACUGGGAGUUUAACGCCGACGAGUCUAGCCCGAAGAUGAACAUGAUCCCAUUUCCUACAGAUCUUGGAGAUGGGGUGUAUCCUAUGUUUGGUGUCGUAAGAGAUGGCAUUACUGAUAUGGCUGGGAACGGUACUGUGGCUAUCACCUCGUCCUGUGCUUACCAAAACUUCAACCCGGUGGUUGGACUUGUCGGGGCUGCUUUGAGUCAAAAUAAGUAUUGACAGCGUUAAAAUGCCAUUGGUGGAGUCGUUAAAAGCAGUGGUUGAAACAUGUUCCUACUGUUUCUUGUAGGUAUGGACUUGCAUUAAUUCCAGUUAUUGGUCGAUGCAUACUACCCACUUCUCCGCUCUUCUCUUCUUGUACACAGCUACCUAUGUGCGUACAUAUAUUCUUGUAUUUAUAUCAAUCAAACCUAUGAAGAUUUAUCCAACGUGGGGGUCUUCUAUCUCUGC